GGAGCCUCGGUUUCAGACGGACUAAAAUUCAAACUCAAUGGAUAUUCAAAACAUUGUUACUGGAGAAAGAAACGAAGCGAAAGCCAAACAUAUGAUCGGAUAUAAUAGGAUACAUCCACCGUAAUAAAGUGUUGGAGUUGACAGGAGACAUUUGGGAGAAAAAUGUCCCAGUGCUGCUCAUUUGCUUGUGGUGUUUGUAAAAUCUUAUGCUACACACUUUGCUGCAAAUGUUGCAAGAAAGAGCAGAUAGUGAAAGAAGAGUUUUCUUUGCUAGCAUUGGGACUGGGUGGGGCUGGAAAAAGCACUUUGCUGUCAACAGUCUGUGGGGAAAUUGAGGAGGAAAUAGUCCCAACAAAAGGUUUUUCAAUUAAGGAUAUCUCUUUGGCUAGAGCUAAGCUCCAUGUAAAAGAGGUUGGAGGCUCAGAAUCUAUACGUCGGUAUUGGCACCAUUAUUUUAGUGGGGUUGAAGGCUUAAUCUUUGUUGUUGACGGUUCAACAAACGACGAUGAAGUUGCCUUGGCACGAAGCGAACUGGAAAAAGUUUUAUCACAUCGAGAUAUGACUGAUGUACCUCUACUCGUGCUUGUCAGUAAAAUAGAUUCUAGUGAUUCAUCUAGUCUUCAAAAGGUUUGUUUACCAAAGUGACUAUUACUUUUAAAGCAGGAAAUAUGAUAUAAGCCCUUUAGCAACUAACAAAGCAUGCAGGUUUUGCUAGUCUUCAGAAGAUUAAAGAAAUCUUGACUUUACAAGCAAAUUUUGAGUAAACAUUGAUUGCUAGUAAAGCCCUUCUUCUAAUUGCAUAUGGCCUAAUCAUCGUCGUUCUUUAGGAGGGAACAGUUUCUAAAGUUUUGAAAAAAAAAUGUUGAAUGAAAAAUGGUUAUUUAUCAAAUCAUCUUCUGAGUGUCUUUCUGGGUGUCUCCCUCUAUACCUUCUUUGAUCACAAUUCACAACUACGAUAAAAGUUCAUAUAGCAAAAAGUGUUUGAAAUGUUUUUAAGAAAAUCAUCAAUUGUCAGUUUUCAUUUC